AUGUCAGAUACUCCAGUGUUGUCAUAUAAGGUACCAUCCUCUCAGAAAGGUGGUAGUAGAGUGCCGUCUCAAACCUCAACUCCCAUAUUAAACAAUUCAGCUCCACUGACUCCGAAUAUAGGUUCUCGAAAAGUACUGUCAAGAAGGAAAGCCUUACAAGAGUUUUAUAAUAUAUCUCAUGACGAAGAUCAUCCAGGUUCUAUAGAUUCUAGUCUUAAGUCAGAUACACAAACACUCUCUCCUACCCAAGAUCGUCUGAAUGGAGAUAAAAGUGACAUAUUACCAAAAACCAGAACUCGAGCCAACUCCACAAAAUUAAAUCUCAAUAACCCUGAAGAUGUGGCCAAUUUUAUCAAGACAGGUAAUAUAGAGGAUAUCUUAAAGUUAAGAAACUCGAUUACUAAUAAGAUAAAUACUCAUGCCCUGGAAAAGAAAACGAUUAUAUAUGAUAACUAUUAUGAAUUGAUUAAAUUAAGUCAAACUUUAAGUGAUAUAUCGAAUGCCAUGCCACUAAAGGAGGAAAAAGAGUUGAAUGGUCUUGGUAUAUUUCUGGAAAAUGGUGCAGAUGACUCCAAAGCAGCAAUCAACGGGGAAGAUUAUCUUGAUUCUGUUCUUUCAGAUUUCUCAAACUUUCUUAAGAAUGAUGCAGUUGUAUUUGAUGGUGAAUUUGAAGACGUGGUAAAAAAUCUACAAUCAACCAUAUCGAAAAGUGAUUCUACAGCUAGCAUGAAUGUUAUUCCAGAUAGUAAUGGAAAUAAGACUUUGCCUGAUGAUAUAAAGAUAGAUGAACUUAUUAAAGAGUUAGAUUUCUUAUUGGAUGCAGAUACAUCAUCACUAAGUGAUGAAGACAAAUCAAAGUUUGUCAAAUCUAUAGAUACUAUGUUGGACAAAUUAAAAUCCACCAAGAAUGAAUUAUUAAUCUUACAAUUAAAUGACUUAAAGAAAAAAUUUCAAUAA